UAGUGGGGGGCGAGGUUGAAAGGGAUGGUGCAAGCUUAAAAGGUGGCACCAUUGCACUGCUGAGAUCAGCCGAACGGUCAGAUGAUGAGAGGAGGAGCGGCAGCAGAAGGUGGGGAUGGGGAUGAGCGGAUUCCGGUCAGCCCCAACGGCCAGUUCUUCAAUAGCUCGGUUCUGUCCGUCUACAUUCUGGCAGUGUUCGAGCUGGAGAGCCCCGUCGCUGGUGGGGAGCAACGCGAGGAGAUCCUCAGGAAGGAGUUCUUGCCAGUCAGCACUCGCUUCUCCUCAAUCAUGGUCAAAGAUACAAAGGGUGUGAAACAUUGGAAGCCAGUGAAGGUGAACAUUAAGGAUCAUAUAAGGAUCCCAACUUUUCCCCCUGGAUUAUCACCUGAAGAAUAUGAGAAACACCUGCAAGGAUACCUCUCAGAGAUAGCCAUUGAAGAAAUGUCGCAGAACAAGCCCCUGUGGGAGGUCCAUAUCUUCAAGUACUGCACUCCUAGUGCAGUGAACACCCUUGUGUUCAAGCUCCACCAUGCAAUUGGGGAUGGCUUCUCCCUGAUGACAGCAUUGUUUUCCUGUCUGCGAAGAGCCGACGACCCGUCCCUGCCACUUACAUUUCCAUCUUGUAAUGGUUCCUCCAAGCAAAACCGUUCUAAAAUUGAAAACGGAACCAUAUGGAGACAUCUCUCACCGCUUUGGUUCACCUUUCAAGACUUUGGCUGGAGCCUGCUGAAAAGCAGUUUGCUUGUAGAUCCUAAGUCUCCUAUAAGAUCAGGAGAACUUGGGGUUGAGUUCAAGCCAGUGUUCAUCUCCUCUAUUUCUCUUUCACUAGAGGAGAUUCGAGAAGUUAGAGAAGAAUUGAAGGCAACCGUGAAUGAUGUAAUCACAGGGACUGUAUUCUAUGGCAUUCAGUUGUACAUGCACCGCAUGAGUCCGGGCUCAGAAAACUUACCUGCCACUGCAUUGGUGUUGCUAAACACAAGAAGUGUCUCUAAGCAUCUGUCUUUAGAGGAUAUAAGGAAGGAUGGAGCUGAAGCGUCAUGGGGAAACCAGUUCGGAUUCAUUCAUGUUCCUCUCCCUGCAUGCAAAUGCAUCAAGAAGGCGAACCCAAUCGAUUAUGUGUUUGAAGCACAAGAACUGAUCAUGAAAAAGAGGAGCUCACUUGGUGUAUAUCUAACUGGGAGAUUCUUAGAGAUGCUAAGGAGGUUAAGAGGCCCUGAGGCAGCAGCAGAGCACAUCCAUUCGACACUAAGAAACACCAGCAUGACCAUUUCAAACAUAAUUGGCCCAUUGGAGAAGAUAUCCAUGGGGGGUUGUCCAGUUAAAAGCUUCUAUUUCAUGGUGACACGUUUACCGCAGAGCCUCACCAUAUCAAUGCUGAGUUACAUGGGGAAGCUGAGAUUGGCUGUAGGAGGAGAGAAAGGCUUCUUAGAUUCUGAAGCGAUGUCAGGAUGCUUCGAAGAAGCAUUUGCCAAGAUACUUGAUGCUGUAAGAGGGAAGCGUUAUACACCACCCUCAAGCCAGGGAGAUGUCUGAGAGGGAAAAUGAAUUGUCCCAUAAAACAGACGCUUUUCUGGGAACGUUCAAGUCUGUUUUAUCUCCCCAAUACUCUAUUGCCUUCAUUUCUACAAUUCCUGCUAUCUCACUCCCUUUCUCUUGCUACUGAGAGCUUAUCUCAACGUUUUAAGGUUAUACUUUGCCCAUGCAUCUAUUCAUGGUGCGACCCAGAUUGUUGAAUGGAUAUGAAUAGACCUUUGUAUUGCCAGAAACUGGCGUGUAUACAAUGGAUUCUGCAAUAUUUUAGAGUCAGCAGUUAUAACAAUCUAA